GAGAGUGAGAGCCAAGUAUAAAACUCUGUCCUGCAUCUGGCAGACUCCUCAUGUCGCACCAGAGCUUUUCGGCUUGAUUCACAUUGUCCGAUUUGAUACUAGAACACACCAGGACAAGGCAUGAGACCCUAUGGCCUUGGCCUCCAUGCUCUUUCCUGGCAACUUCUUGUGACAGCACUAGUUUCUUCAUCCGAUGCCCUGGUGAGCGUAAACCGCACUCACACGGGUGGCCUUCAAAACCACUCUAAGGCCACUUCAACGCAGUUUUCAAAAACCCAGGAGGCGCAUGCCUCUUCACUGCAGUUCCCAAGACUGGUUUCGCGAUCCAAAGCGACACAUUCGGUGCCAGUGACAGCGACACUUUCGAAGCAGCUAGAGCAGCACGACUUGCCAGGUCCACCACCUCUCCUGAAGCUGCACUACCAUCUUUUCUUGUUGAUGGCCGCCUGCUUGGUAGCUCUUGGCGUGCAGAAGUACCGAAUGGCUCUCAGCCAAGUCCCGCAAGAUGCUGAUCCUUCAGAUCCUUUAGCCUACGUCUUCAAAGCACGGCAGCUUCAGCAGUCUGAGGGCAGCCGCGGCCGUCUAUGACGGUCCACCGGUGCCAUUUCGCUUAGACUUUCUAGAUGCCUCGGAGCAGAACAUAGCGCGGAGCAACUCUGAACCGCAAGCUAGACUGCGUGUCCUGCUGUUUGCAGAUGCAGAUGCGAAAGUUCAAAAGCAAAAAGCAC